AUGCUAUCCCAUGCUCCAUGGCCCGCCGUCGACCGCCUCCCGCACUUCCCAUGCUGUCUCCUCUCUAGCCAGUGGCUCCUUGCGGACAAGUGCUCCGAUCAGAAGCCAAGCGUGGAGGUUCCAUCCAUCGAAUCCCGUCCAAGUCAAGCUCUGAAGUAUCCCGCGGUAAAUGACCAUUUCCCUCAUGAGGUCCUCCCUCCCCCCUUUCAAAUUAGCCUUUCCCGUCUGGCCUUCCAACGGGCUCCCCUUGUCUUUCGUUUCCUAGUAUCCUUCAUCGACUACCUCACCGGUUGUCAAGAGGGUGAAUACAAAGACAUCCGCCAACCCUCGACAGGAAAAACCACUUCAUGUAUCCAUAUUGAUACUCUGUGCGUAACCCACCUUCCCCGCGCUGAUAUUGGCCUGGCCAUCCCACGUGUGGCCAUAUUACACCCGAGCCGGCCGGGCCCACGAUUGAGUCCCCAUUUGGGAAAUCUGGCGAGCGAAGACAACAUCCGUGUACUAGAAUUGAGAGAAAAUCCUGGUGACGGCUUUUUGGCGGAGUCUUUUCUAAAGCUCGGCGAAAUGGGUGAGGACGUUGACGCUGUUGGCGACCCCGGCAUCGGCGAUGGCCAUCGACGCAGGGGCGAAGGUGCCGGUGCCACAAGAAACCGGACGGACCACAAAGAACGGCGGAGGCCAUCUCGAACAGAUAAUACCCAAGAUGCCCACGACAGCGACGAAGACGACUCAGAUGCCGGGUCUGAUUUCAGCUCCGUCUCUGUUGACGAGCUCCCGCCCAUCCGGGCUUAUGGUCACACAUACCACGGUUCCGGUGUACUACUAAUGCCGAAUGACGAAUCCGAGCGAGCCCGUCUAGAAAUUCAGCAUCAACUAUUCAAGCUAUGUCUAGAAGGUGGUCUGACGGCGGCGAAACUCCCCAAGGACAGACCUCUCAACAUUCUUGACAUUGGUUCUGGGACCGGCAAUUGGGCCGUUGAGAUGGGCGAGCAGUACCCUCUGGCCAAGAUCAUGGGAAUCGACAUCUCCGCCGCGCUCUUACCCACGACUGUACCGGCCAACGUCGCCUUUGAAGUAGAAGAUGCAAACCAUGACUGGGCUCGUGAGAAGGACAGCUUGGACUUUGUGCACAUGAGGAACCUCGUCGGCGGGGGCGUCUCGGACUGGAAGGCGCUUUUCCGGCAAGCGUACGAACAUCUCAAGCCCGGUGGACAGAUUGAGUUCGCCGAAGUGAGGACGAGGUACUUCGACCUCAUUGACAGCAGCGGAGACGAGCCCAUUGCGUCCACGGCUGAAGAGGAGAAUCACGGCGGGAUGACGGCAUGCCGCGAGUUCGAGGUGCGGUUCUCGGAAAUGGCCAAGAUUGCAGGCGUGGACUUUGACCCGACGCCAAAGAUUCCCGCCAUGUUUUCUGAAGUUGGUUUUGAGAAGGUGGCGCGUUGGUCGGAUCUGGUUCCCAUACAGGCUGUGGGACAUGAUGAAAAGAUGGUCAGAAAAGGAGCACAAUUUGCUCAGAUGCUGGAAUAUGGCUUGGAGAAUUACUCGUUGGCAGUCUUUGGCAGGGGUGGUUGGGAUGAGAACGAUACCCGGAGUCUCCUGAAGAGAGUCCACAAGGAGUCGCGCGAUACCGCAAACGAGGCGUAUGGCAAAAUCAUUUGUCACGGCGAGGAAGCCUUUGUGAUCGGGCUUGACCUGAUCGAUUCUAUCUACUCUUCCUCUAGCACUCUUCCAUUCACACACUUCGAUGCUGGCAUGAACUACCACACCCCGCGGGAUUUGACUAACCCCGCGGUCGUCAAAAACCCUCGGGCUUUCCUCGGUGCCAACCGGCGGUGGCUCUGGUCGAGUCUAAAUAUGCACUCUAAACCUCUGCAACCCUCCCAAAACUUCCGAUCAGCCUCCAUUUCGCCCUUUAUCCGUGUCGCCCCUAAACCUGGUCCUGACUGGCACACCGGCGCACGCUAUGCUUAA